AUGGAGAGUACAAGAUUAAUGAGGACAGAAGCCCACAAGAAAAGAAGUACUGCUGCUGCUCAACAACGGGCCAAACUGGGAAUGGGACUAGUAGCAGGAACAACAGUUAUGCUUCUCACACUGAUAUGGGGCUCUGUUAUUGGUUUCUUUCCCUCAUCAGGUUAUGGAGUAGUUACGGAUGUUGAAACAAGCUAUACUGCUCGGAUAAUUUUAAUAACCUUAUUUCCGUUUCUUAUCCUUCAGCUUGCAACGAUUUUCCAUUCAUCAUCAGCGAAAAGAGUCAUUAUUCUUAUUGCUCUCACCAUCACAGUUGUUUUGCUGGCUGCUUACAAUUUCUAUCAGAUAUUCCGGCCAUGGAUACAGAACAGGAGAUUUGAGUAUUUGAUGAGUAAAUAUGCCAAAGACAAGCUAAUGAGACUUAUAUCAAGAAAUGGCAAACCUGAUGAUACCCAAAAAAUACAAGAGCUGUUUAAUAAAAUCAAGAAAAGCAAUGAUGCAUCCAUAUCAACAGCAGAACUCAGAGUUUUGCUCUUAGGAGUACAUAUGGAUGAUGAUGAUUCAAGCACAAACCGUAACGUGGAAAACAUCAUGGCAUCUUUAGAUACCUCUGCUGAUGGACGCAUCAAUCAGGAUGAAUUCAUCAAAGGAAUGACCAAAUUAGUUUCUGAUAUAUCCAAUCAGACUCCAGUUAACAAUUCUCAGGUAAAAAGUCACCUAAACAAUGUGUUUCAACUUAUUGCAGAACGCUAUUCCUCUGAUCAAAUAAAGUUGAAAUGCAGAAUACCAACCAAGCAACGCAGGGGCUGUUAACUAGCAGCACGCAAACAAGGCAAACAAGUAAUUCUUGGUCGAAAAUUACUUGACAGCCCUUUCUUCUUGACAGUUGGGACUGUCAUGUUGUGCAUUUUCAGAACCCUUGAUCAGAACUGUUGUGGAUUUCGCUCAAGCUGCAAACUUGUCUUCCUUCUUUGUCUCAUACUUGGCUAUACCCUUUGCUAUGAACUGCGGAGUCGCAGUUCAGUCUAUUUCUUCAGCCAGACAGAAGACGCAGAAAUCCAUUUCUUUGACGCUUUCUGCAGUAUGUUCCACUCUAGUCCACAUAUCAUUACUACAUUGCAUCAAACUAUAUGAUUUGUGUUGUUCCCACAACAUUAAGUGAUUGAGAUCUUUCCUUUGCUUUGAAAGAUAUACGGUGGUGUGUACAUGAACAAUGUUAUAGGUCUGAUUGUUCCUUGCACCAGUUUACACCCGCAAUUUAGCUUCAGAUGUCUCUGCAGAAGUUCAGGUAGUCCUAAUAAUAUGCAUCGUCAUGAGUAUAUUUACAAGCUUCUGCACCACAUUUCCCCACUGGACACGUUAUCUUGUGCUGGUUCUAUACCCAAUUUCUCUAGCAUCAGUCUACUUUCUUACUUCUGUUUUCGGGUGGUCAUAAAAGGCCAUUAUGAUACUAUGUUGUAGCAAUGCAGGCACUGUGUAUAUUCAACAAAACAAAAGCAAUUUGUUAUAUGAUCAUUUCUAUCUGUGUCACCAUCAUUCUCUAUAAAU